GACGCAGGCCGAUCCUUCCUUGGAGUUGUUAUCGCGUUGUGGCAAACAAGAUGUCCAAUGUAGGAAAGAUAAAGAUAAAGUCAUUCGCAGAACUGCAGGCCACCACUGGCUUAAAUGUGGAACCGGGGCCGGACCCUCCGCUCACCGAUGAUAACAGCACGCCACAGAAAAAAAGAGCGGGAAAAACUCGGGCGGCCACUACUACGAAGAAAGUCCAGGCGAUAACGGAACCACUCGGUGCUGCUAUCAUAGCCAGCACUGUGAUCAAGCGGUCGAGUAAAAAGACGCCUCUGCCAGGCCAAAUGCGCAUCGAUUCCUUCUUCAAAAGUGCCACCAAGAACUACAAAGUCAACAUGGUGCCAAAGUCAUCCGCCAAGGUGGUGGAACCACCGCUUGGCAAACGGAAGGGAACCUCAAGGGGACGCAAGCGCCUCUUCGACGAGUCUACCACCACUAGCAGCGCGUCUGCGGAUGCACUGGAUCUCAGGCUGCCCGAGAAGCGCGUACAGCCUGGUCGCCGGGCGAAGGGCAAGGAGAAUGCGAAGCUCUCCGAAGCGGAAGUGAUCGACCUCUGCUCCGACGACGAGCAAGCAAUCAAAGAGGAUCUUCCGGCGGAAAACUCCCCGAGUUCAGCGAGAAGUCCUAUAAUGGCAACUAAGCUCAGGUCGCCAUCACACGACACAAUCCCAGAAGAAAAUCCUAGUACUCCCAUCCCAGAAGCAAAGCUCAACAGUCCAACCAGCGUCAAGAGCUUCCCUGGGCUUCUACGACCCCUGUCUGAAACCUUUUCCAACCCAUGUGAGAGCCCCAAGAAAGGAACUGGGCGCAAACCAAGAAAGCCAAAGCCAUGCCCGCCCUACAAAGUUAUAGAGGGAACAUCUUUUUGUGUCGACGGCUUCCAGUUUGGCGAUGUAGAAGGAGUCACACAUUACUUCCUCACGCACUACCACGUGGAUCACUACAUCGGCCUGACCAAAAAGUUCUGCUAUCCCCUCUUCAUGAGUCCGACCACUGCGAGCUUAGUGCGCACUUUUAUCAAAGUGGAUGAAAGGUGCAUCCACGAAAUUGAUGUCGACCAAACGCUGGUGGUGGAAGAUGUCCAAGUUACCGCACUAGAAGCUAACCACUGCCCUGGAGCCAUCAUGUUUUUUUUCAAACUGAGCUCUGGCGAAUGCAUCCUCCACACUGGAGAUUUUCGGGCCAGCGCCGAAAUGGAAUCCCUGCCCAUCUUUUGGAACCACGCCAACAUCGAUUUGCUCUAUCUGGACACAACCUACAUGAACAAGAACUACGAUUUUUGUCACCAGUCGGAGAGCGUCGACCGAGCGAGAAAUUUGGUGCACGCCUUUAUAGAGAAAAAUCCGGCUAAGCGAAUACUGGUGGUCUGCGGAUCCUAUGUGAUAGGCAAGGAGAAGAUCUGGCUGGCAUUGGCUAAAGAGUUCGCAUUGAGAGUUUGGACGGAUCCGCAGCGCAACAUGGCAGCCAAAUGCCUGCAAUGGCCAGAUUUGGAAAACGUUUUAACAGACAAUCCCCGUGAGGCAAACUUGCACGUUAUUACCAUGGGAAAAAUUAGCUAUCCGAGCCUGGUUGAGUAUUUUAAUGAGUUCGAGGACCAAUUCGACAUGCUGCUAGGCAUAAGGCCCAGCGGAUGGGAGAAGAACAGUAAGCCUUCGUACGGAAAGCGAAUCAGCAUAAUUGGCAUUGAGUACUCGGAGCACUCCAGCUACAAAGAAUUGGAGCGCUUUGUUCGCUUUCUCAAACCAAAACGAGUCAUUAGCACCGUUCCCGUGGGUCGAGAUCUCUUUGUCACUGGGAAAGUGCCUACCCAAUGGUACAAGUACGAAGGUCGAGCAUCUAUGCUGAGUACAGGGUAUCAGCCAUCGAUAACUACUUUUCUAUCCACGCCGCAGCGCGUUGUUCCCAAAAUGAGUUCAGAGACUGAAAUGUUCUUAAGCCCACUGGAGGAGAAUGAAGCUACAGAAGAUGAUGACUGGCAGACCGCCGAGCCAGCAGAUAAUAUUACUAUUUCAUUCAGUACCCCGGAUGAGGACUUCCUUAAAGAUUCUGAAAUGGUCGUUAAAAAUGAAGCUUUGGUUCCAGAUACAUGCUCUAAUCCUGAUGUAACCUUUAUAAACGAAUCCCUGGACGCGGAAAUUACAAAUGAUAUUGAAAUAGACGUUAAAAACGACGCGCCCGAAUCUGAUCUGGAUCUUAAAGCAGCCGCUGUACCCGACAUCCCAGAAGAGGCUGAAUCCCGUGAUACGGAAAUAGCAAAUGGCUCUGGAUGUCCUAGAAGUGUUAUCGUUGUCCAGGAAAGCGAGGAGGAACCUAAGGCCAGUGGUAGUCUCUGCAAGACAGCUGUAGUUAGUAGACUGACAUCUGACGCAUCCGACGAUUGGCUCUUGUAGCGAUUCUAUAGAAGUCCAAGGCUGUUCAGUGUUACGAUUUUUAGAGUUUAGGUGCGUCUUUGAAUAGUUUUACAUACUUUGUUAUUAAAUAAUAAGCUCGGGGAUGUAAAUGUAAAGAUUUGUAGUUUCUGUUCAACUGUUAUAAUAUAAUGCUUUGAUGUUAAUAUAAGGCUUGCCUUUGACAUACGAAUAAUUUUAUAUAUACUAUAUAUAUGUACUUUACUUGAUAUAUAUAUAUUUCCACAUUAUUUGGCUGCCUCCCUCAUUAAACUCAACUAGUUUGGAGUGCAGGAUACUCGGUACAUUAAAAAAUAAAUUAAGUUUUAGUUCAGAUAAGGAAACCGUUAAAUAUGUUAAUGCGAAUAACAAUAGGCAAUCUUGAUUUGAGUAAGUUAAAAUAUUUAAUGCUCCGGGUGCUAACGAAUGUAAAUGAGUUUGAUUACUUCACUGAUAUGCUUUAUGUAUAAUAAUAAUUAAUGAAUAAAGAAAGUAAAUUUAAAAA